AUGGGGCUGUGGGGACCUGAUGCUAGCGCGAGUGCUGAAGAAGGAUGGCACUCGUCAGAUCUCGAGUCCAAUGACGAUGUCGUCUCAAAGGUCUACUCCUCUGACGACAUCGGCCAAAUUGACGCUCGUCGCUGGAGUGCAGCAAUCAAAUGGAUAUCCACCGUGAUCAUUUCGUCCAUUGCGGCGUUGGUUUCCUUUGCAGGAGCUAUUGACUCCCAGGCAGCCUCCAAAAUCUCAUCCGAGUUCGGAAUCAGCGAAGAGGCAGAGACAUUGGCAACUGCUAUGUUCCUUUUCGGGUUUGCCUUUGGAGCCCUUGUCACCGGCCCCGUCUCGGAGACGUUUGGCCGCAAUGCCGUCUAUGUGACAUCUCUGGUUGUUUUCAUCGUCUGCGUGGUGAUCACAGGCUGCUCCCACAGCCUUGCUGUACAAAGCAUUUUUCGCUUCUUCUCCAUUGGUGUGUGCUGGGGUUCACUGUCCGACCUAUGGACCACCACCCAGCAAGUCUAUGUUUUCCCAGUAUUCUCUGUCAUCUCGUUCGUGGGCUCCGCUACGGGGCCACUGGUUGGAGGAUACAUUGCCCAAAGUGAACUAUCCUGGAGAUGGGUUGACUGGGUGACUGCCCUCGCCGCAGGGUUCUUCCUCGCAACAGUCGUCUUAUUCUUGCCGGAGACAUUCCGACCAGUUCUCCAGCAGGUCAAAGGAAGGGAGAUACAGCGUGUCGCCGGAACAGACAAGCACAACGGGUCAAGUGAGGAAGAACGCAAAACCUCGCUGGCCAUGCAGAUCCUCCUCGGCAUGUGGCGACCCUUCUACCUCACCGUCUACGAGCCCAUCGUCGUCGUCUGCGCGCUCUACUUGUCCAUCAUCUAUGUCAUUCUCUUUACCUGGCUGAACGGCUUCGAGUACAUCUUCGCAGACACAUACUCCUUCUCAAAGGGACAGGUGGGACUCUGCUUCAUCGCCAUGUUCGUGGGCAACUGCUGCGCCAUACCCUUGAUUCCGGUCAUCUAUAGGAUCUACAUAAAAGCCCUCCACAGGGCCCAACAACGCAACGAAUCAUCCAAGAAUGAAGCCGACGCCAAUCCAGAAUCCGCCAAACCCCCUCCAGAAAUUCAUCUCUACUACGCCAUGUUCGGCGCCCCACUAUCCCUCUCUCCCUCUUCUGGAUGGCACUGCUAUGGUAUCUGGUCCGCUUCAGCCCUGUCGAGUGUGAACUUCGUGCGGUGUCUGUCCGCUGGCGGGAUGAUGUUGGCUUCGAUGCCGCUGUAUGAGAAUCUGGGGGUGAAGUGGUCGUUGACUUUGCUGGGGGCUGCGUCUGCGGUGAUGGUGCCGGUGCCGGUUGCGUUUUAUAAAUGGGGGUAUGUGAUUCGGAGGAAGAGUAAGAAUGCGUUGGCUUAGUAUAUAGACAACGGCGUUGUGGUUGAAUUCAUUAUUGUCGCGCG